CCACGCCCUCUUCCGUAUGUAAAGUAAACAAUUGCGGACAUACGUGAACAUCAUUUGUUUUUAUUUUCCUCGUUUUUGAUCAGAUUUGAUUGUUUGCAUUCUACGCUAUUUGCCCUCAGUCUGACACCGGAAGGUCGAGGUGUUUAUUUCCACUAAGUUAAAAUGGCUUUCACUCUUUGGACUUUAUUUGAGGCAUCACUGUUGUGCCUGAAUGCUGUUUGCGUUUUACACGAGGAGCGAUUUCUGGCCAAAGUUGGCUGGGGUGCAAAUCAGGUGCACGGAUUUGGAGAGCAACCCUCGGUGAAAUCGCAAGUGCUCAAUUUGAUUAGGUCCAUUCGAACUGUCAUGAGAAUUCCUCUGAUUUUCCUCAACAUACUGACAAUAGUCUUCAAAUUAAUCCUUGGGUAACCCUAGCUUUUAUAAAGCUAGGGCAAAAUUGGAAAUUCUUGGAUAGACUCAAAACACCUGGUCUACUGUAAAUCCGCUUUGAAACAUUUGUUAUUUAUAAAUAAACUUGUAAUUUGUACACUUCAAA